GUUGAAGUUUAUAUGUAUAUAGCAACACCGAAAUCAUAUGACAAUCAGUCCUAUUUUAUGUGAAUUGUGAUCCUUCGGGGUGUAGCGAUUCAACAAUGGCUCUGUUUUGGAUAACUCUGGUCUUAUCCAUUAUUGGAAUUAACGCUGGAGGAGAAUUCAGUGUCCUACACAGCCCGAAAUCCUUGAAGUUUUCGGGUGCAUCCAAGACGUUGGAGAGUUUAUUAAAGGAAGUAUUUUCAGCUUCUCUUGGACUUUCCGUAGAAGAAAAUUCGGAUUGGACGGGACUUUCAAUCGUUGAUCCAUUUGACACCCCUGAAGCAGUUGUCGAAGUGUAUAUCGAUGGAGUAUCGUCGCUUGGAAAUGCAGCAGGAUUAAAGGCCAAGAAUUAUCCUCUUACUGUUGAUGAGUAUGAGCCUGAUACAUAUGAUGCAGUUACUCACAGAAUUAAACAGCACUUUACAAAUGGAGGCAACAAACUUGUUAACAUAAGAUUGUCAGAGCCUGAUGAUUUGAUUGCCUACUCUAAAGUGUUUGGAGAAAUUUCACCACCCAAGGUCGGCAAGCAAUUCCUACAACAUCUGAAAUAUGACAGCUAUGAAGAAGAUUAUCAGUUCCUCUAUGAACUUGAGACAUUGAAGGCUAUAACUGCUAAGAUCAACGCUGGUGCAAUUUCUGCUGAUAAUAUCAUUGACUGUUACAACUUCAGAUUUACUUCACUGCAUGCUUUGUCUGAUUUCCAUGGACCAAACUCCCUGCAAACCAAAGAAGCUAAGAAACUCUUAGGUGAAGCACUUCAAGCUCUCAGCAAUGCAUUUGUAAGAGCCUAUGAUGGAUCUGUAUUGGUGACGGCUGUGACCACUGAUGUGGCCCACACCCGCCGUGCCGUUCGCUCUGCGCCCAUGGAGCCAAUGAGACAAGAGCGCCCGGAGGACGACAAUUACACAGCAGACUAUGCUGCUAUCUUCAACAUCAUCCUGUGGUUCGGCGUUGUGUUUGCCUUCACUUUAGUCGCUAUUGUCUAUGCCAUCAUGGACAUGGAUCCAGGCAGGGAUUCCAUUAUCUACCGUAUGACAAGCACAAGAAUGAAGAAGGAUAAUUAAAUAAGUAAAUAAAGUAUUAUAUAGUGAAGACGAAAGUCCUCAUGUGUGCGUGCAUAGAAGUGCAAUUUUAUUUCCCUUAAAUGUUCAUUUUCCGCUUGGCGGUGUUAUACGUUCCAAUAUUGUGCAGGAUGUUACAAAUUCGCGAAAAAUAGAGAUACUUAUUGUUAUGUAAGUGUAUAAUAGUGUUAUUAUUUAAAUAAAUUAUGUUCUCCAA